AAGGCGGCGCUGCGCGCGGUCAACGCGCGCGUCGUCGAUUUGGACCGCGCGACGGCGGAGUGGAGUUAUUUCUUGCCGGCGUACGACGCGAGGGUGAUGAUGCGGAAGAUGGGGGAGCUCAGGGAGCAGUUCGAGCGCGCGGUGGCGUGCGUGACGCCGAGAGAGAGGUUUAGGUUUAAAUCGAGAGGGGGACGCGCGACGGUCGGGGGCGCGGCGGCGAGCGCGGCGACGCCGGCGAAUCAAACGGCUGUCGCGAUGGCGGCGCUGGAUUUGUGCGACGCGGACGACGGGCCGGGGACGCGAGAUAGGCGCGGGGAGACGAUCGUGAUCGAUCGCGCGACGAAUGAUGGUGAGGAUUACGCGUUGGAGAGGCUGGUGGAUUGCGACAUUUUCGUGCUCGGAGCGAUUCGCGCUUUGCGGGCGUACGAUUUGAGACGGUGUCGCGUGUACGUGCUCGCGAUCGCCGGCAGCGCGCUCGUUGAAAACAUCGUAGACAGCGUCGUGUGCGUCGCGACUCGACAGUUGCGCGUGCACGCGGCGAGACGGACGAACUUUCACGUGCGCGCGACGUCGAGACCGAUCGUGGAGGAUUCGCGCGAAGUCGCCUUUGCGCCGCGUUUUUCGAUCGAAUCGCCGAACGAAGAGGAGGUGUUGAAAGCGCACGGGUUAUUUGAAGAGAAUCACAUGUGGAGAGAGGUCGAUGAUUUUUUGUGGCUCAAGUCGAGUCAAUCGCCGCAUUGGCGCUUGCUCGACGAGCGCGAUCGA